AUGAAAGUGAUCUUCAUGCCGAAUGGCCUUGACGCCGACAUGGUUGAAGGUCAGCAGAGGUUUCUCGACCACCAAUGUCCUAUUAACUGGUGUCUGUUGACCGAUGACCACCGUUACAAAAAAUCAGCUGAUCUCAUUUUUUACAGAGAUGUCAUUAUAGAUUACGGUGGUGAUAUUAUUAAAGGUUUAACAAUGCUCUUCAUGUUGGAAUCACCAAUGCAUACGAUGACUUUUCGUAAGGAUCAAGUAGUUAAUUGGACGGCCACUUAUAGAACCGACUCAACCUUGAAUGCUCCCUACGAACGGUUCACGCCAUUCAGCAACUUCACUAAACUACCCGACAAACCUGACAGGAACUAUGCCAAAGGUAAAACAAAAAAAGUUGCCUGGUUCGUUUCUAACUGUGUAGCUGCCAAUGGUAGAUUUAAAUACGCUGAACAGCUUGCUCAACAUAUAAACGUUGACAUAUACGGUUCUUGUGGCCAGCUUUCUUGCACCAGGCAUAGAGAGCAGGAAUGCUUCCAAAUGCUUCAGAAAGAUUACAAGUUCUACCUGAGUUUCGAGAACUCAAAUUGUAAGGAUUACAUCACUGAGAAGUUCUUUCUUAAUGCUUUGGGCAAUAAUGUUCUGCCAAUCGUGAUGGGGGCUCGACCGAGUGACUACAAACGAUUGGCCCCACCCGAAUCUUUCAUUCACGUCGAUGACUUCGAAUCGCCCGAACAUCUCGCUGAAUAUCUACACAAGUUGGAUAAAGAUGAUGAUCUUUAUAACAGUUACUUCAGAUGGAAAGGCACGGGCGAAUUCAUCGACACGAAGUUCUGGUGUCGUCUGUGUAGCAUGUUGCACGAGCAGGCCAGCACGAACACGAGGUCCUGGUACAAGCUCGAUGAUUGGUGGAGAGGAACUGGCGUCUGUAUUUCACCGCAAGAUAGUGGCCUCUGGUUGGUCAAUGAAUUUUUGCAAUUGAGUGAGUUAGUGAGUGAGUAA